AUGGUGGAGGUGAGGUUGCAUCAGGAUCAGGAAUUGAUCAAGUCGCGGCCUCUGCUGUUCGAGACGCGCCCCUUCACCCGUUUGAACAAGCGGAACACGACGCUGCAGACGCUCCCCGAGACCGCGUCACCCUCCCAACACCACGGCGAGAUCGACCUGGACUUCGCGUACUUCUCCUCUGCGAUCACACGUAUCCAGCUUCACCUCGCAACCACACAGCGGGAGAUAACGCGGUACAGCGUUGAGAAGUCGCACAUCGAGGAGACAGCCGCGAGCGCACGGGACACGCUAGUGGAGCUGCGGGCGACGCUUGCCGCGUCGCAGCAAGAGAAGGCGCACCGCCUCGAGUACGAUGCGAUUGCGUCGGACAUCCUCGAGGCCGUGCCGCGGCUCAAGCCCCGCGCUGAGCAGGAGCAGAAUCUGGCUCGGCUGAACGAUGAGAUUGCGGAGCUCCAGAGGGAGCGCGAUGAGUACGGUGUUGUGUGGGCUGCGAGGCGCGCACAGUUCGAGCAGAUCGUCACGCAGCUCGAGCUCAUGAGCGCGCAAAUCAAGGAGGAUAAGGAGGAGCAGGAUAGGAGGGAGGGGAUGAGUGAAGAGGAGGAGGAGGGCGAGGAGGUGGAGGGCGCGGCUACUAAGAGUGGUGGCGCGACUCCCGCACAGGGUGGGGCCACGGCCGAGGCGAGACUGGGUCUGCCGGUGGUGGGCACGCCGCGACCGGGUACGCCUGGUGUUGGCGGGGGUGCCACGCCGCAGCCUGUGGUCGAUGAGAAGGAGGAAGGAGAGGAGGACGACGAUGUGGAGCUGGGUGAUGCGCCGCCUUCUCAGGUGAUGCCCGCCGUAGACCGGAUGGAUAUGUCGUGAGAGUAGUCUAUACUAGUAUACUGCACAUCUAUCCUUCUGUUGGAAUACCACAUUGGGAGCGAGACAUUCUACUUCACUCCUAUAAUACAAAUCCACAUGACGGUGCUAUUCCUGC